AUGUGGAAAUUGUUGGCCUGGCCCGAACCUCUGGCCGUCUUCAAGGCACCUCUCAUGGACCUUUUCGCAAUCAAUUCAACCACACUCGAAGCACUGACAAAAAGGAUUCUUUGUCUUACAAAAGACAAAAUUCACAUCUGUCGACUACCCGAAAAUGAGGGCUCAUCUCCACUUGGUGAGGAUGAGACUGACGAUCAAGAGACGACGCCCUGCCGGCCCGACGCCGUAAAGACGGGACAUGUCAGCUCCGAUGAGCGGCCAAAACCGUCCAGGAACCACGUGACCGCCAGCAUCCUUCUUUGCGAUAGCAAAUUGUCCUCUUUGCCCGUUCCACAAUUGGACCGCUCCAACAGCUGUCCCACAACGUUGAAUUCGAAGCGGGCCAAAGAUACCUGGUCCUUCGCCAAGGCCGUCUGCCCGGAACUGAGGAUGCUGAGGUCUGGAAGACUGAGUUUGGAAACGCCCGAAGGCCCUCAUAAUCGAAAAAGGUGCACGAUCAAAAGUUUAGAUUCGCAUUCGCGAGAGGUCAAGACUGAGGACCUAAUUGCACCCUUUGGACUUCAGUGCCUUUCCGUUUUGCCGUCCCCAGUCGUGGACAAAGAGGCGCCGGGGGAGGAAACAACCGUACAAUUUGCGGUUGGUAGCUCCUGGACUAACCACAUCCUUGUGUGCACUGCUCGUCUGCAGGAGUCGAAGUGUACAGGAGAAGACUUAGUUACAGCGUAUAGAUGGGUGGCGAUCAAAGAGGCACCAGCCACUGGCGAUAAAACAUACAAAGUGAAAGGUAAUCAUAUUUGCUCUUUAAAAGGAUCCUGCCUAAACCACACUGGUGGCAAAUUUAGCUUUUUUUUCCACUAA